CAUGUUAACUGCACUUUCUCGCUCACCGCUUCUUUCUCUUCUCUCUUCACUUAUUGUUGGCGUCACGAUUACAAAUACUAUUGCCAUUUUCGUUUUAUGCAACGGAAACUGAGUCUAGGGCUGUAUCCGCCGCCAUCGCUGGAUAUUUGUUGUGCUAUGACUUGAACUCGUCGUCUUUGACUACUCAGAUCUACGAAGAUAUUUUGUAGCAUCAAUUGCUGCGCAAUGUGGACUGAUGAGAAGCACAGCAUAUAUCUUGAACAUUUGGAAGUCUCAUUUGUUAAACAGCUGCACCAGUCAAUCAGUUUGCUUGAGAAGUGUUCAGAUCAGGACAAGGGAGAAAGAAGCGUUUCACGAAUAGAUCAAAUUAACGACGCUUAUACUUCUAAGCAGCCGCAUGGUUGUUGCAAAAAGAUCAAGUGCAAUAGGGGUUGUCUUCUUUCCAAUGUUUCAGUUGAUUCUGUUGGUCAUAUUGAGAGCCAGCGGUUAUAUCGUAAUAAGCGCAUCGGGAUGAAGCGUCCUGCUGCAUCAGCUCGUACACCAGGGCCUCAUGGAUCGGAUACUUGUUCUUCACAUCAAAAUUCUGCCAGUACCAAAUACUGUGACUCCGAGAGAGAGGGUACAGGUCAGAAUUUCGUUGAUGAACAACAUGAAUCAAACUCAGAUACCGCGAAAAGAACGAAGACUUUCUCACCACCGGAUUAGUCAAGAUUGAGUGACAGGGCGCGCACUUGUAUUCCCAGUUUCAUGUACAGAAGUAAUUCUUCUAUAUCUUCUUGAUCCAGGCAGCAAGCAUCAACUAUAGAGAAAUGUCUCAAACAGAUGACAGCUCUAGUCUUGUAGGUUAAUUAUAUCGCGUCGUGAAGUGAGGAACCCUUUGAGAUCUUCAUCAACUCUAGAGAAAUGUCUCAAACAGAUGGCAGCUCCAGGUUUGUUUAAAAGUUCUCCGUGAUAAUAUAUCAUGUACUAUUUGUUUAUUCGAUUAGUGGAUGAGUUUGGAUGUAAAAGUAAGACUAUAUUCUGAUUCUAGCUACUAUGUUCUGAUUCUAGCUAGUUGUGAAUUGGAGUACUAGUUCAAGAAUAUGUAUAAUAUGGAGUAUAUGUGAAGGCAAGAAACCAUCUUAUUUUUUUGUA